AUGCCCUACACAAUCACCACCGAAAUCACCAUUGAAACAUCGCCAGAGGUGGUUUCGAACAUUCUCUUCGACUUCAAAAACUACCACCAGUGGAAUUCAUGGCUCAAGGUCAGUGGAGGUCCGCCAAGAGAGAAAGAAGCCACCUUUUAUUUCGAUCUCAUAGGCUCCAGGCUAGCCGUAUAUGCAACACAGCCGGCAAGGACCUCUUCAUACACACCCAUCGUGGCGCUGGCCUCGCCUAGUGUUCUCAAAUGGUGUCGAGGCGACAAACACAAGUGGGCUCUGGACGGUGAACACACCUUUGAGAUCAUCGCGUCUAAAGAGAACACUGGGCGAUGUACAUUCAGACAAGGCGAGAAGUUCACGGGAACCUUGGCUAAAGGUCUGAGUCUCACAGGCUACUACGAGCGUCAAAGGGACUCGUAUGAGCGCAUGAACCGAGAACUCAAGUUGUUUGCCGAGGAAAUGGUGCAUUCAGAUGAGUUUGUUGAGCGGUUUUCCGAGGAGCGAGAACGGCACAACUUCAAGAGUCACCACUUCAACAUUGACUAA